AUGCCGGUACUACACAACGCUGAAAAUCCCGCCUCUAGGGUGACAAAUUCUGUUGCCACGAGAUACGUAGUAGCAGUUCUUGCUGCUUGGGCGGCGGAAACAGUUACAUACCCAUUCGAUCUGACGAAAACGAGACUUCAAAUUCAAAGCGAGGUAGCGGCAGCAAAACAUGGCUUUAAGGUAGAAAAUAUAGGCAUGAUCAAAACAGCGGUGGGUAUAGCCAAGCAGGAGGGUGUACUCAAAUUGUGGACCGGACUGAUGCCAAUGUUCCAGAGGCACGUCAUAUACUCUGGAUGCAGGCUAAUCUUCUACGAAAAGCUCAGGGACGCGUUGAAGGACAAAAAUGGCAAGGUGUCACUGGCGUCUGCAUCAUUUGGUGGAUUGGUGGCCGGCUCCUUGGCACAGCUGAUCGCUUCACCCACUGACUUGGUGAAGGUGCAGAUGCAGGCCGAAGGGCGCAAAGUUUUACAGGGUAAACCUUUGAGGUUCAAAACCUGCAGCCAGGCGUACGCUGUUCUUUAUUCUGAAGGAGGGCUCAAAGGAUUCUGGAGAGGUGCCGUGCCAAAUGUACAACGGGCCGCGUUAGUGAACAUGGGAGACUUGGCAGCAUACGAUUACUCCAAGCAGUUUCUAAUACGCGAGUUCGGUAUGGCUGACAACGCGUUGGUGCACGCGGUGGCGGCUUUCUCGGCCGGAUUCGUUGCUGCGGUAUUGGGUAUGCCAGCUGACGUCAUGAAGACCAGGCUGAUGAAUCAACCCGUUGGACCGGAUGGAAGGGGCAAACUAUACCGCGGCAUGAUCGACUGUUUCCAACAAUCGGUGAGGAACGAAGGUAUAAUGUCACUCUAUAAAGGUUUUCUGCCUCUAUGGAUGCGGUUGGGGCCAUGGGCUCUCAUAAACUGGAUAGCAUUCGAGAAUAUCAUGCUUGGUAUAGGAGGGCGAACAUUCUAG